GAGGAGGAGGAGGAGUUGCCGCCGCCGCCGCUCGCAUCUAAUCUGGAUUAAAGAGUCCUCUCUGCGGUCAGGAUUCCCUGUAAUGGUUUCAUGAUGAACCGAACUGGCCUGACGCUUCAUGCAGUCAGCAGCGAUGCUUAAACGGCGGCGGGUUGAAUAAUUUUAAUUAAAUGUGAGUGAAUUUUUGAGACGAGGAGGACCUCUGGGGCAGUAAAGUUGCUUGAAUAAUUGUUGGUUCAUAGAUGGAUGGAUACCGACGCGUAGCAGCAGCAACACACACUGCGCUCUGCAGCAGCAGGCGGGCUGAACACUGCAGACCCACGCUUCAUGCACGCUUCUGCAUUUCACGAUGAGAGCAUCGUUACCGAAUAAACAACGCCAUCUUCUUAAGCAUGUCACAAUCAGGUACGUCUGGAUAAACUGCAGCUAGGCCUACAGUUUCACAUUCAUGACAUUAGCUCCUGGUUUAUAUUCAUCAUGGAAGAGAGCAAGCUUAUCUUCAGCCUGGACCACCGUGAUGAAGGUCCCUCUGUUGUUUUUUCCAAAGACAAACUGCAAACCCUGGAUUGCCAGCAUGACCUCAGUUUAAGGAUGAAUCUAGACCUGAACCAAAGCCACCACCCCCAGCCUCUCUACCUGCCGCACUCUCCUUCAUCUCCAGGUUCUUUAACCGAUUUAACAUCAGCAUCAGCAGACCUCCUCAUCUCAACUGGCUUGGUCAAAUCCUCCUCCACAGACCUGAAGCCAAAGGAAAGCAGCACCCUGAGAGGUAAGCCCCUCCUCAGCCUAGUCAAGUCCCUCAGUACAGAAAUCUCCCGCCGGGGUGAGCCUGAUGACAGUCUGUCAAAGUCGGACUCCAAGCUGCAUCUGCAUCCCUGGAAGCAAGUUACUCAUCCAAAGAUGCCAGAAUGUGGGCCUGUAUCAGGGGUGUUGAGCGAAAAUGAGGACUGGGCAUCCCCCCGGUCUGCCGGCAGCAUGUCUCCCACUGAACCCCGGGGCAGUUCCCUGAUAGCUGAACUGGAGGACACCAGGAGGAGGUUUUCAGAGGCCAUGCAGGAUCCAUUAAGCAUGCUGAGUAAGAUCAUGGGGGAUGAGAGCUCUGGAAGCCCCAAGCAGGGCAGAGCAUCUGGUACAGGAGACUCAUCAGCCUCCCAGGGAAGCAGUGAAAGAGACGGGUGCAGUGAAGAUUUAGACCUCAGGUGUAGAAAGAGAACGGACAGUGAGAACAGAGCUCUGUGUGACACUCCACUCAAAAGACUCCAAGAAGAUCAAUUGAUGCAAUCUUCAGUCUUCCCAAAACAAAACAUGCAAAGCCGAGACAAGCAUCUAGAAAUCUGCACCUAUGGGGAUGUAAUGGAGCUUCAGACGAGAUCCACAGGGAAAUAUCCCAAAACGAACCUCCAUUCUCAAGUCUCUGUAUCAGGAACAUCAUUGCCUUUUUACUGGCUCAUCCCCAUAGGUCUACUGGCUUACGGACUCUUUGUUCUCCCUCUGCCACCAUACUUUGCCGGUCUGUCCAUGGGGAUUGCAUGUGGCUUUAUAUUGGGCUUAGUGGUGGUCUUCGUGUUUGCCCCCCGACGUGUCCGCAGCAGAAACAAACAGGGGUCUCAAGGCAAGUCCACUCCCAUGAACGUGGAUCUGCUGGAUGGAAAGUCCAUGGACACAGAAAUCAUUAAGGGCUGGAUGAAUGAGGCGCACAGCUAUGAUCCUGACACCUUCCACCCCUCCAUACUGCACUCAGUUUAUGUGACGCUGGAUGGGAGCAGGCUUCACUUGGCAAACCCCCGUGCCAGCAUCCCCCGGUGGGCAGCUUUUGAUGAGCCACUCCAUGAAGCCGUGUUUUUGCACAGCCGUACUUACCAGCUGGCUAACAGCAAGGUGUCUCUGGUGCCUCCCGGUUUAGCUCGUAAGAGGGUUUGGAACAAGAAAUACCCCAUCUGCAUCACUCUGGCUGAGGAGGAGCUGGAGGUAGAGAGUCUAUUGGAAGGGCAGGAGGAGGGUGAAACAGCAGAGAAACCCAGCAUCCCUAGCCAUCGGUCUCCUGCCACUCUGUACCUAUUUGGCCGCACAGGAAGAGAGAAAGAGGAAUGGUUUCAGCACCUUCUGUCUGCUUCAAAGGCUGAACCCCAAAGUGAAUCGAGCCCAGAGGAGAACACAGAAGCACAGACUGGCGGAGAGGCUGUUAAGGAAGCCCCAGAAGAGUUCGCCGACUUGUCAAUGAAAACAAGAACGCUGCUGGAGUACAGCACCUACAUGAUGCAGCUGAUUGGCUCAGACAGAAAUAGUCCUGUUCUCAGCCCCAGCUGCAGUGACAAAGGAAGCCCCUCAGCUGGCAAAAAGAUUUCCACUGAAGAUUGUGUUUCUGGGAGUGAAGCCGGAGAGGACAUCGGGCCGGUCACUGAGUCGGGUGGAUGCUCCACAGACAGCCAGUCUGCAUGGAUAAAUUCUCUGGUGGGGAGGAUUUUCUGGGACUUUCUCAGAGAAAAAUACUGGGCUGAUCAAGUGGCUCACAAAAUCCAGAAGAAACUCAGUAAGAUCAAGUUGCCUUACUUCAUGAAUGAGUUGACCCUGGCUGAUCUGGACAUGGGAAGCUGCCUUCCUCAGGUCCUAACCACAUCAACACCUACACUGGACCGCAGAGGUUUGUGGCUGGACGUGGAGUUAGUGUACACAGGCUGCCUUCAGAUGACCCUGGAGACUAAGAUGAACCUGUGUAAGCUGGGUAAAGAGGGAGAGGCUGAAGCUCACAGCAUUCCCGAGAACCUGCAAAUGGGCUCUAAGCCGAGGCUGUGUAUACUAGCAGAUAGCGACGAAGAGUCCUCCAGUGCUGGGUCUUCUGACGAAGAGGAAAUACCCCCAUUUGAUCCACAGAGUUCACUGGGUGAUAAGAACACUCCUGCAGCGACUGAUGGGCACGCAGGUGGUAGUACAGGCAGGAAAAUCCUGAGAUUUGUGGAUAAAAUAGCAAAAUCCAAAUACUUCCAAAAGGCCACCGAAAAUGAGUACAUCAAGAAGAAAAUAGCUGAGGUCUCCAACAUGCCCCUAAUGCUCAGUGUCGAGGUCCUGGAGCUUUCUGGAACACUCACCAUCAACAUACCUCCUCCUCCAACUGAUAGAAUCUGGUAUAGUUUCCGAGUGCCUCCCAGGUUAGACCUCCAUGUGCGCCCCAUGCUUGGAGAGAGGGAGGUCACUUUUACUCAUGUGACAGAGUGGAUCGAGAAAAAACUCCAGUGCGAGUUCCAGAAAAUAUUUGUCAUGCCCAACAUGGAUGAUUUAUAUCUGCCCCUGAUGACAUCCGGCCUGGAAAACCCUCCUGCAUCCCUCCACUCCUCUGUGAUUUCAACUUCCCACCAGUCUUCCAUGGAGUCUCAGGAAUACAUGUCAGAAUAGCGCCACCUUGUGGCUGCAGAGCACAUGUGAUGUUGAAGAAAACUAGAUGUGCAUCUUUUGUGAUGAAGCUUUGAGAGGGCAGCAGGUUGAUGGUCAUCCUAAAUGACCUCGUAAUCAGUGAAGGAAAAAUGCUUCCUGCUGAACUCAAACUGUGACCUUGGGACCACCAGAAUUGUGGGGACCAGGAUAAGCCCCCCCUUCAGGGAGUUUACUCAAUUGCAUUUUAUUAACUAACAAAUGUCUUUUUUUUAAGUAGUGCAAAGCUGAUCAACAGGAACUGCACAACACAGAAAGACGUUCAUCAUUCCAUCCAUCCAUCUCGCAUGAUAUUAUUUUAUGUUCUUUUCAAAUUAAAAAUUAUUUAAAAUUUCAAAA